AUGGUUGGUUGUGUGUAUAAGGUGAUUUCUAAGGUAUUGGUUGGGAGGAUGAGAUCAGUUAUGCUAGGCCUGAUUGGAGAGACUCAGCGUGUGUUUGUUAAGGGUCAAAAAAUACAUGAUGGGACCUUUAUUCCAUAUGAAACUGUACAUUGGCUUAAAAUAAAGAAAAAGGAAGCAGCUGUGGAGGCAGUGGGUUAUGGAGUGUGUUACACAUCUUUUAUGUCAAUAUUGAUAAAUGAUUCACUAACAAAGCCGUUCAAGAUGGAAAGAGACAUCGAUAAGAGUUGGAUUACAAAGCCACGAGGUAGUGCAGAAUAUAGGGAUGGUCUGAAUAGAUUUCUUGAUUUUGCCUUUGCCAAUGCAUCAUCGGAUGGGAUGAUACAUUGUCCAUGUCCUUUGUGUGGGUUCCGAUUUUUCCAAACUAGAGAGGAUGCUUACGAUCAUCUUCUGAUGAAACCCUUUCCCCCUAACUAUACCUUUUGGUUACAUCACGGUGAGAGGACCGUAGACGAGAGCUCCAGAGAUACAGAAACUUUAGAACCCACUGGAAACUCAGGAAAUCAAAUGCUUGACAUGGUCCACGAGGCCUUCAACAUUCCGGGACUGCAGGGUGAUAAUGAAAACAUGAUGGAUGAAGUGGUCAGAGAUGGUGCGGAAGGGUUGCCGAACUUAUCUGACGAGCCUAGUCGCGAGGCUCGUGCCUUUCAAGAAUUGCUUGAGGAUGGCGAGCAGAGAUUAUAUCCAGGAUGCUCAAGAUUCUCGAAGCUGUCUUUCUUGGUGAGACUUUACCAUAUCAAGUGCAUGUGCGGAGUUAGCAACAAGGCUUUCGGAUUGAUUCUGGAGCUAUUGGGGGAUGCCUUUGAGCAUGCAAGGAUUCCGAAUACCUUGCACGAUGCUAAGACGAUCAUAAGGAAGCUCGGUAUUGAGUACAAGAAGAUAGAUGUAUGUCCAAAUGACUGCAUGCUAUAUACGGGUUCCGACCAUGACCUCUCCAGAUGCAAAAGGUGUGGAGCAUCCAGGUGGAAGCAAAAGACCAGAAAGAAUUCCAUUGUAAAGAUCAACGCCGUUGUCAAGAAGAAUGGGAAACCUCAGGCGGCAAAAGUUCUUCGUUAUUUUCCUUUGAUUCCACGGUUGCAGAGAUUAUUCAUGUCUAGCAAGACAGCCAUGGACAAGUUGUGGCACAAGAGAGGAACCAACUCUGACGGUUACCUGAGGCAUCCCAGGGAUGGCGAGGGUUGGAAGUCAUUUGACAGGAGAUACACUGACUUCUCUGGCGAUCCGCGCAAUGUUCGCCUAGCCUUGGCCAGUGAUGGCUUUAACCCUUAUGGAAACCUCAGUUCAAAGUACUCAAUAUGGCCAGUGAUUCUUAUUCCGUACAACCUACCCCCAUGGAUUUGCAUGAAACAAACCAACUUCAUUCUCUCUAUGAUAAUUCCCGGUCCUAAAAUGCCUGGUAAUGACAUAGAUGUCUACCUACAGCCCCUGAUCGACGAGCUCAAGCUGCUGUGGGCCGGUGUCGAUACGUAUGACGCCAGUGAGAAGAAAACAUUCAAGAUGCGAGCUGCACUGAUGUGGACUAUCAGUGAUUUCCCUGGCUUGGGCAAUUUAUCUGGCUGGAAUACUUACGGCGGGAGAGCUUGCCCGUGCAAUUUGGAUGCCGAGACUAGAUAUAGACAGGAUCGGAGUAGAUUUGAUGGCAAGGUAGAGGAUAGAUCCCCACCUACCAAAUUGAUUGGUAGGGAUGUCCUGAGACAAUUGGAGGGUGUUCCCGUCUCACAAGGCAAGGUGCAAGCGAUGGGCGGUAAAAGAAGGCGCGGACAGCAGACCGUGGUCCAAGACGAGUCUCCUUGGAAAAAGAGGAGUGUAUUCUUUGAUCAGCCGUACUGA